AUGUCGAGCGGGUGUGCUGGCAAGAUUUGGAGGCGAAGCCUCUGGGUCAACGACUCUUCGACUACCUAUGUGGCUCUUUGCACCUCUUUUCCAGGCCUGUCGUCUCCGCGGACAGGUCGCGAAUGGUGCGGCAAGCACGGGGUGGUAGUCAAAGCAACUGGUGCUGGGGUGGGGGAGUAUCAAUCAUGGAUGCCCAAGCUCCGACAACUCCUCGUGUUCCACUAG